AUGUCUUUUAUCAAGGUCGGCGGCCCCCAUAGCUCCUUUGAAUCCGGUACACAUCGUGUCACUCGGCCAAAGUUCAACCAUCAAAACACACAGGACCGUCUGCGCGAAGGCGCCAAAAGGCCGUCUCCAUUCUCGAUGAUCAGCAAAAUCAGGAAGGACCGAAGGUCCAUCUUCAGGGAGGUUGGACUGGCGCCAGAAGACGAAGCCGGCUCAACGGAUAACCUUGACGAGAAGCAUGCCGAAAAGGAGGAGCCUAAUCAAGUGCAUACAGUCUCGUCGAUCCGUAUCAACGCUGCCGAGAAAGGCAACGCCGGGGACCAACAGGGCAAGGAAAUGAACGUGAUGCAAGAUAAAAGCGAGGAAGAAUCGGGAGAAUCGACACUUCGGCAUCGGAGUUCACAUGAGAUAUCACGCUCUAAGACUGUUUCGAUGCACCCGACGGAUCACAAGAUACCUUGGUAUGCUAAGCUCGCAGCCGGAAGGAGACCAAGAGUUAGGACGGUGGCAAGCCCGGCCCCAUCGCCUUUACGCGGACUGUCAGCAGUCAGCAUGCUCGCCCUAGUCCUAGCUGUUCUGAUCCCGUUCACGGGCAGGGGCGAGCAAGACACUGUAGGUGUCGCAGACGCUGGCCCCGUCAUCUCGAUUAGGGCAGACAGCCCGACAGACGUUUGCACGAGAUGGGCCAUGCAGUCAACCAUCCUCAAUGGCACCCUAUACAUGUACGGAGGCGAGGCCAAGACAAGUCUGGGUCAGGAGAACGACACUUGGAACAACAACCUCCUCGCGCUCGACCUGACGUCUACCUGGGACAUCAGCUCGCCAUCGCUGACUGGUCUCCCGCAGCCGAGCGGACCUCCGGCUGUCGCCCUCGGCGCGCUAUGGAAUGAUUACACCAGUCUGUAUGUCUACGGUGGAGAAUUUGCCGACAAUCCGUUCCAAGAGCCGGCACCAAUCUCUACAUGGCAGUAUCAAAUCAGCUCCGGCACAUGGACUGAACAUACAGACCCCCAGACUUCCUCAGGCAACAACUCGGCAUCCGAAGGCGUGCCCGUCCAGAGAGCCGCCGAGGGGGCCGCAGUCAGUGUGCCAGAGCUAGGCUUGAGCUGGUAUUUUGGAGGCCACCUGGACCUCUCAACCACACCGGGCUGGAGCCUUCACACAGAACGUGUCUAUUUGAAGAGCUUGCUGGAGUUCACACACCCUGGCUACGCCAACGAUGGGGUGUUUGCGCUGAGAGGCAGCGGCGCCCCGGCCUCGGGCACCUACAGAAAUAUCACAGAAGGAGGAUUGCAACUGAGCGACACCUUUACGGAGCGGGCUGACGGCGUCCUGGUGUUCGUCCCCGGCUGGGGUGCCUCUGGUGUACUGAUUGGCCUUGGCGGUGGAACGGCGGAGGACUUCACCAACGACAUGUCCACACUCGACGUCUAUGACAUUGCCAAUUCGGUUUGGUAUCACCAACAGACCACUGGAAACGCUCCGGGCGGCAACCAGAUCCAGUACGAUGACAUGUAUAUACUGACCAUCCCCUCGUUCACUUGGAUUGGGCCGGUCUCCCAAGGCGGCUCCAACCCCAACAUCCCCUCCGCACGCGCUGGACAUACCUGCAACUUACGCGAUGGGCAGAUGAUUGUGGCGGGCGGCUUUAACACAACAGUGACGAGCUGCGAUAGUCCCGGCAUCUAUGUGUUCAACGCCUCUUCCCUAGAAUGGGGGUCCUCGUUUAGGGCGCUUGCGCCGUCCGCUGAUGCCGAGUCCGCGGGCAACAGCGUGAUGGCUGGUAGCUACGGGUAUGUAGUACCUGAAGAGGUUAUCAGCGUAGUUGGGGGCGGACCCUCGGGCAGUGCAACCAUCACACAGCCUGCAGCCAGCGCGACAGGCGGGCCCUUCGCCACGGGGAAAUCACCUGUCUUCACCAUCACCGCGUCCGGGUCAACCGCGACUAUCACCUCCCCUCCCUCGCCGGGUCCUAAGAAUUCCAGCGGAGGGGAUCGGGGUGGUCUGAUCGCCGCCAUAGUCAUCGCGUGCCUCGCCGGCCUGGCAGCCGGGUAUCUCGGCUAUUGCGCGUGGCUGUACCGCCGGCAGGUGCGCGCGUAUAAGACGCAUUUGGCAGUGCAGAAUCGCUUCCCAGCCCGGUCAGCGUCGCACGGGUCAUUUUUGUUCGGCGCUUUUGGACGCAGGAAGAGCAAUGCUGAUGGGAAGGAGGAGACGGCCUGGCUUGCUGGCCAUAGGCGCGACGCCAGCGACGCAAGCAGCAGCGCGGGUGACAAUUCAUUCGCGUGGGUAGGGAGGGAUAACCUGCUCGACCCGAACUCCAACUCCAACUCGAACAGGUUCACGCCCACAAGCAGUGGUGCGAGGCCUAGCUAUGGGGACGAGGCCAAAGGAGGGCCGUCGUCCGGAUCGGGCACUUCUCCAGGGGAGGCAGGUAGCAAUGGUAGGCCGAGGAGGGACAGCAUGAGUGGCGCCAGCACAAGCUCGCUCGAGGGCCAGGAGCUGAGUUUCUUCAGUGUUGUCAUGGCCCCUAGGAGGGCCUUGAGGGUGGUGAACGGGCUUGAAGAUGGUGAGGGUCAUUAG